UUGACAUUUAUACGGACAGGUCUAGAUAUAUGCAAGUUAUUUAUUUUAUUCAAAGCAAGCUGUACCGAUAAAAGUACAUCUGGGCACAAUGGAAGAAAACGACGAGCUUUCUCGCCAUGUGGGCGUUACUUGCAACGGAUGCAAGAAGCGGGACUUUAUGGGUCGGCGCUAUCACUGCCUGGCCUGCGAAGAUGGCUUCAAUUUGUGCGACAACUGCUUCGCCUCGGAUGUGACCACCGACGAUCACAAGUUCGAUCAUGCCAUGAAGUGCAUUUUUACUCCGGCCAGCCUGGCCUUGUUUUACACCAGGGAGGAGCUGGAGUCGGGCAAAUAUCCCAUUUUGAUACGCUGCCCCUACUGCAAGAUGCACAACUUCAACUUGGCCGAGUUUGAGGAGCAUGUUACCCACAACCAUCCAAAUGCCGAUCCCAAUUUGCUGCUCACCUAUCGCUUACACCUGUAGAAGGACGCAAAAAUGUUGAGGACUGUUACUUACACAUUUAUUUUGAAUUGAAACUGUAACAAUAACGACAUAAUGGCAGAAAUAAAACGCUACACAGUAUGAA